AUGCCGCCAGAUCGACGCGUGCAGCGAAUCGUCCGAGUAAGAACUGGUUGUUUGACCUGCAGGCGUCGUAAGAAGAAAUGUGACGAGACACGUCCAAUCUGUGCUGGCUGUCAACGCAAUGACCUGGGCUGCCAGUGGCCCCAAAUCGUACCUGGCAGGAGAGAUUCCAGCCACGACGAAGCCCAAGUAUCUGCGGCAGAACGCCGACCAAAUGUUUUCGAUGCCAUCGAGCAGCUCGAUGAGAUGCCGAUGCCUAGGAGCCCCUUGUCGCAACGAGCACCAUCUGUUUCAUCGAGUGCAGGUCACUCUGUGACUAUUGGAGACCGGUCUGAAGACACAACACUGCAUGAUGAGACCCAUAAUCAACGCCGACUGUCAACAGCCAUCAGGUCUCCCACUACUAGUGAGGCACUCGUCACAUCUGCCUCAACAGGAAAUGUGCCGCCUCACAGCCUCUCUCUGAUGCCUGGUUACGAUGCCGAAUCUUAUCAACUUCUCAGUCAUUACCUGGCCACAACAGCUGAUUGUAUGGCAAAUGGCUCCACUCCUAUUAACCCGUUCCUGGUACAGAUUGUACCUCUGGCAUUUUCUAGUAACUUGCUGUUGCAGCUGGUAAUCACUCAAAGCGCUGCUCACCGCGCAUUUCGAUCACGGGAUGAAUCAGACACAAUUGCCCAUAGUCACUACACAAAAGCCCUCCAGCAUUUCCGCCGGGGAGUAACGGACUUUAUCGAUGGGAAAGAAUCGAAUCCACUCAUGCUUCUAGUGGGGGCACUUCUGAUGUGUUUCACCGAGACCGCAAAAGGUGAUAUGAACGGGACAAUAUUCGAUCAUCUAUCCGCGGCAAAUUCACUGUUAGUCAAAUUGCUAGCCCAGAGCGACUCGGCAGUUCCACGAGACUUGAAAGAUUUCGUGCUUGAAUACUACACCUAUACUGCGACCGUUAGCAUGAUCUCAAUCGAUGCUCGUUUUAGCGGGCAGCUUUUCUUAAACUUGGAUCUCGAACAACGGUCACGCGAAUUACUUCAAACCCAGUACGUGGGCAACUUGUGCGGUUGCUGGCUAGAACUCUUGCUGUUGGUUCCGUGCAUCUUCGAUCUCGGCCGACAGUGGAUCAUGGAUGACACCCAGGUGGUUAUUCCAACCGCUGAUGAUAUUGCCAUGUUUGCAUCCAUCCAAGCCCAGAUUUUGCGCUGGUCGCCUUAUCCCAAUGUCGGGACGGAGGUCCAUCUGGCUGGGAAGAUCUUUCAAGAAUCUAUCCUCAUCUAUCUAUACACCUCCCUGGGUGGCUUCCAAUAUACCGGAGAUGGAAUUUAUAAAGCUAUGGUGGAAAAUGCAGUGACAAAAGCCAUGUCAUACCUGAACGAGCUGUCACCCAGUGCGCGCAUCAACUCCGGCCUCUGUUGGCCGAUUGCUGUGGUGGGCUCAUGCCUUCUCAGCCCCGGCCAACAAGACUGCCUUCGAGGACGUUUGACUGCCAUGACUGAAACAUUUGGUCUUGGAAAUAUGCAUCGAACACUUCUACUCCUCGAAGCAAUGUGGCAAUCACCUGCGUCUGAGGCUGGGCCAUGGAAUAUCUGUCGAGCAAUGCAGAAAAAUCAAAUAUGGAUCUCAUUUGCGUAA